AUGAAAAUGACAGUUUAUCUGGUGCAGUCAGCGUACCAGUGGUACUGCUCGCAGAAAUCCAAGGACGACCUCGGCCUCCCCGACCUCAACCGCCCCAAUGCCAAGGGGCAGGUUGAUUUGUUCCUGGGUGAACGCUUCUGCCGGUAUAACAACUGCCCAAAAGAUUCCCCUGCAACAUCCACCAACAAUCUGCGUAAGCAUUACGCAGAUAAGCAUGCAGAUAUCACAUUGGCAAGUUCUGGUGGCCGGCCUAGCUUGCAGGAUGAGAAGGAUGCUGUUGAAUUCUACGUUGCAAUCCGGGAUGAGUACGAUGCGAAGGUUGCUGCUAUAGCAGAAGUAAAGCCAGAGAUCCCUCGCAAAGCAGAUGGAACAGUCCACCUUACCAACAUGCGGAAGGUUGCUAGAGAACGCGGUGGUCAGGUCCCGUGCGAACCAUGCAAAGACGCCGAGGAUAGCGCAGGUUGUUGCCGCGAAGAGAAUGCUGACCGCUGCGAUAAUUUCGACCUGUUCGCUACUAGGGAGGGUGGCUCUAAAGGUGAAGAAGCAGAGUAG